UUCUCCACCUUUAUGUCGGAGCUCCGACCUGAUCCGAAUAUCUGCUUCUCGGCAGCUAUCGAUUCGGCCCUGCAAGGAGCCCUACAGGACUCGUUGAAGCACUUGGAGCCUCUGACCCCAGCCCUUGAUAUGGACACCCUCAGGCGGAUACUGGACGUCUACUAUCAUUGUCAUACUGCGAGUCGAGACGCUGUCCGAAAGACUGAGUUCAUUCGACAUCUUCACGCCAAGCCGUCGCUAUCUAAGGCCUUGCACAUGAACCCAAUGAUGCGGGGGAGCUCGGAUGGCGAUUCGGAACCAUGGGCGUACAUAAUGCCCGAGCUGGCUGCCAUCCUAGGUGAUGUCGUUACUUGGGCUGAUGUCCUUAAGGCUGUUCAUCAUCGGAUUUCAAAGCCACGUGCUCCCACUGAGGACAGCUCGGGGGCUCACGAGCGGAUUGAGUCGCCCCCUCCCGCUGCCGCCUAUGUUGCCGAAGAAUACAGGUCUCCGGGACCCUCAAGGGAAGAUGAUAGCCCUUCCGCUGUUCAUAGGCCGAGCUCAGCAUACUCGGACUCGGUGUCUGGUGUUCAUCCCUUCUUACGGGACACUAUAGAACCGGCAGUUGCAAGUGCCUUUGCAGCGGCAACCAGUGCAUCGUUGCUAAGUCGCCAGGGCAUGAGAGAGGAGGACUAUGUGCCGCCUAUCGACAUGCCACCACGACAUUUCACGACUCCCAGUAGUGGAGAGGUGGCCGCACGUGAAGCCACAGAAGGGAAGAACGUCUAUGAGCUUCUCUUGGAGGAGACUAAGGAAGAGGUCUCGAGGGGAAGGAGCCCCACGGUGGUCUCUGAGAGGGCGUCGACUAUUCGAGCUCGGAAAAUACGAGCUUCUCAUUUGAGACCUCAUUCGGCGACUAGCACUACGAGGACGACAGUGCCAGUGGGACCCUCGUUGCUACAACGAGAAGCCGUCAAGUCACAUACUAAGUUGCUUGCUAGUCUCAAGAACAACGAGGAGGAGCCUCCAGCGAAGAGCUCGAGGAGCGCAUCGUUCAAGGCUAGGAAGCUUCCGAGGGAACGGACAGUUGCCGCUGGAGGGGCUCCGGGUACCUUCGCGCCGAUAGUGGUGGGGAGCCACCAGGUAGUAGUCUACGCCGCUGUUAUGCGACGCUCGCCCAGUGCCCUGGGUGGUCUCAGCACCACUGUACAAGUCUAUGAUGUCGAGCAAGGCACGACUCAGGUCUCAGAGGCGAGCAGAGCGAGAGGUGAGGAUGGGAAGUACACUCCUCGUGUGCGUGCAUCACUGGCAUUGGCUCAGACUAUUCAGCUCGAGGACUGUAGCUGGCAGCAGUGUGGGUAG